AUCCUUGAUUAAAUCUCCUUAAUUUUGGAAGGUUAAAUUAUAGGUGAAGUGUAUAUAAUUAGUCUAACCAAAGAUAUUCAACGCCUCGCUUUCUUGUUCCUUAUAUAAAACCAUUAUUCUUGCAUAAAGAAGAUUUAACAAAAAAAAAAAACUCUAUUCAAAACACAUUAGAGACAAUUAACAAAAAAAACCCUUCUCAAAAUUCGAUCAGAGAUAUGGGUUUUUUACACAAGUUGUGGGAUGAAACUUUGGCCGGUCCAACGCCGGAAAAUGGUCUCGGGAAGUUGAGAAACCACAUAUCCGGUGAAAAUGGCAACCGGAAGUUGAUGGUGAAUCUGAGACGUGUCCCAGAUUCUCCUGACAGGUCAAGCAACCCAGCUGGAACACCAAGUGAAACGCAUGCUACAAGUCUCAAUGCUUGCGAUUGGAUUGUGCUAAACGCAUUGGACCGUUGAAAAAAUAUUAGAAGGUAUUCAGUAUUCUACGAGAAGAAGUAUCCCAAACUACUUUUCUUUGUAUAUAUAUAUAUAUUUGCUGUGUACAUAAUCGUCGCUUUUGGUGUUUUGAGAUUUGAGAAAUAUUAGUUUUCUUUUGGUUUGAUUUGUUUGUUUCACCAUUUACGAAGAUAAUAUAAGUAUAAUUAGAAUUUCUGGAA